AUGUUAGAGCUACCCUCUGUCCUCAUAUCAUAUUAUGGUAUGUUAGAGCUACCCUCUGUCCUCAUCUUAUCAUAUUACAGUAUGUUAGAGCUACCUCCUUUCCUCAUCAUAUCAUAUUACAGUAUGUUAGAGCUACCCUCUGUCCUCAUAAUAUCAUAUUACAGUAUUUUAGAGCUACCCUCUGUCCUCAUAUCAUAUUAUGGUAUGUUAGAGCUACCCUCUGUCCUCAUCAUAUCAUAUUACGGUAUGUUAGAGCUACCGUCUGUCCUCAUCAUAUCAUAUUACAGUAUGUUAGAGCUACCCUCUGUCCUCAUCAUAUCAUAUUACAGUAUGUUAGAGCUACCCUCUGUCCUCAUCAUAUCAUAUUACAGUAUGUUAGAGCUACCCUCUGUCCUCAUAUCAUAUUACAGUAUGUUAGAGCUACCCUCUGUCCUCAUCAUAUUACAGUAUGUUAGAGCUACCCUCUGUCCUCAUCAUAUCAUAUUAUGGUUUGUUAGAGCUACCCUCUGUCCUCAUCAUAUCAUAUUACAGUAUGUUAGAGCUACCCUCUGUCCUCAUCAUAUCAUAUUACAGUAUUUUAGAGCUACCCUCUGUCCUCAUAUCAUAUUACGGUAUGUUAGAGCUACCCUCUGUCCUCAUCAUAUCAUAUUACAGUAUGUUAGAACUACCCUCUGUCCUCAUCAUAUCAUAUUACAGUAUGUUAGAGCUACCCUCUGUCCUCAUCAUAUCAUAUUACAGUAUGUUAGAGCUACCCUCUGUCCUCAUCAUAUCAUAUUACAGUAUGUUAGAGCUACCCUCUGUCCUCAUCAUAUCAUAUUACAGUAUUUUAGAGCUACCCUCUGUCCAUCAUAUCAUAUUAUGGUAUUGUUAG